AUGCGGGAGAAGGACCUCCAGCACAUCUCCCAAUCAAUUCAAACUCUGAAGAAUGCUGUGGAGAGUGUGCAGACCAUGCAGGAGUCCACACAGCGUGACCUUCAGAAACUCGCAGCAGACCUGGAGAACCAACUAGGCAGGACUGUGGAGGCAAAGAUCACAAGAGCCCUGGAAUCCAUGCAGGAGAAAAUCACAAGGGUCCUGGAAUCCAUGCAGGAGAAGAACCUCCAGAACAUCUCCCAACCAUCUCAAACUCUGCAGAAUGCUGUGGAGAAUGUGCAAACCAUGCAGGAGUCCACACAGCGUGACCUUCAGAAACUCACAGCAGACCUGGAGAACCGACUAGGAAGGACUGUGGAGGCAAAGAUCACAAGGGCCCUGGAAUCCAUGCGAGAGAAGGACCUCCAGCACAUCUCCCAACCAUCUCAAACUCUGCAGAAUGCUGUGGAGAAUGUGCAAACCAUGCAGGAGUCCACACAGCGUGACCUUCAGAAACUCACAGCAGACCUGGAGAACCAGCUAGGAAGGACUGUGGAGGCAAAGAUCACAAGGGCCCUGGAAUCCAUGCGGGAGAAGGACCUCCAGCACAUCUCCCAGUCAUCUCAAACUCUGCAGAAUGCUGUGGAGAAUGUGCAAACCAUGCAGGAGUCCACACAGCGUGACCUUCAGAAACUCACAGCAGACCUGGAGAACCAGCUAGGAAGGACUGUGGAGGCAAAGAUCACAAGGGCCCUGGAAUCCAUGCGAGAGAAGGACCUCCAGCACAUCUCCCAACCAUCUCAAACUCUGCAGAAUGCUGUGGAGAAUGUGCAAACCAUGCAGGAGUCCACACAGCGUGACCUUCAGAAACUCACAGCAGACCUGGAGAACCAACUAGGAAGGACUGUGGAGGCAAAGAUCACAAGGGCCCUGGAAUCCAUGCGAGAGAAGGACCUCCAGCACAUCUCCCAACCAAUUCAAACUCUGAAGAAUGCUUUCCAGACCAUGCAGGAGUCCACACAGCGUGACCUUCAGAAACUCACAGCAGACCUGGAGAACCGACUAGGAAGGACUGUGGAGGCAAAGAUCACAAGGGCCCUGGAAUCCAUGCGGGAGAAGGACCUCCAGCACAUCUCCCAGUCAUCUCAAACUCUGCAGAAUGCUGUGGAGAAUGUGCAGAUUGUACCAGAGUCCACACAGCGUGACCUUCAGAAACUCACAGUAGACCUGGAGAACCAACUAGAGUUUUUCAAAAUACAGCGCUACAAAGUGGAUGUCACCCUGGAUGCUGACACAGCUCACCCCAGAUUGGAAAUCUCUGACGACGGGAAGAGUGUGAAAGAUACUGGCACCAUCAGAUACUUGCCCAGCAACGAGAAGAGAUUUGAUUCCCACAUUUUUGUGCUGGCAAAGGAAGGAUUCACAUCUGGGAAACACUACUGGGAAGUAGAUGUUAGCGACAGAAAAAGCUGGGCCUUGGGUAUUGCCCAGGAAUCUGUGACUCGCAAAGGGACAUUGACGCUGUCCCCUAAGAAUGGCUUCUGGGGCAUAGUUUGCAGUGGGAAGGUGCAAAAGCUUGGUAUCUUCCUGGACAUCUCAGCCAAGCAGCUGUCGUUUUACAAUGUCCGUAAGAAAGCAGCUCUGUACACUUUUACCAUUGCUGAUGGCAGCAGCCAGGAAGGGAAAGUCCUUCCCUUCUUCUCAGCAGGCUCUGCUACUGCAGAGCCAGACACUGAGCCUUUGAAAAUAGUGCAGGUGUUUGAUGAUGAUGAAUAG